GCUAAUUGUCAUUUUACUUUGUUCUUGGCGCACAUUUGCUUCCAUUUUCACUCAACACAAUGCUGCUCUCGGUUGAGAAUUGAAAUCCAGCUCUUGAAUUCAGAGGUAGUAAAAUAACUGCAAAGAAUGAAUUUUUGAGUUGUGUGGUCAAACCUGAAUUGAAUAUGGCUGGUAGCUCGAUCUUCUGGAGAAGAGGAAUUUCUACCUGUUCAUGUCUAUUUGAGAGAAUCAAACAGACAGAAAAUGAGAUUGUUCAAAUGUUCCGGUUAGGGAUCCCGAAAGACGAGACACCGAGUUUUGGAAACCGGUCUGCUGUAAGGAGGAACAGCCCGGGAAGGGAGCUUGACGAGAGGUUUAUUAGGAUCUUGAAAAUAUUUAAGUGGGGUCCUGAUGCUGAAAAGGCCUUGGAGGUUCUUAAAAUGAAGGUUGAUCACAGAUUGGUUCGCGAGGUUUUGCAAGCAGACGUGGAGAUAAAUGUGAAAGUGCAGUUCUUUAGGUGGACUGGAAAGAGAAGGAAUUUCGAGCAUGAUUGUACCACCUACAUGGCUUUGAUUUAUUGCCUCGAGGAAGCGGGGAUGGUUGGUGGAAUAUGGAAGAUGAUCCAAGAGAUGGUCAAGAGUUCAUGUGCUAUUGAGCCGUCUGAUCUGUCUGAAAUCAUCAGAAUUCUGGGCAGGGCAAAGAUGGCGAACAAAGCACUUUCGGUCUUUUAUCAGGUUAAAAAUCGCAAGUGCAAACCAACUGCUACCACAUACAAUACUGCCAUCUUGAUGCUGAUCAAAGAGGGUCAGUAUGAGAAAGUUCAUGAGCUUUAUAGCGAGAUGUGCAGUGAGAGUGAUUGUUUCCCGGACACUGUAACGUAUAGUGCUCUCAUAUCUGCAUUUGGGAAACUAAACCGUGGGGACUCUGCUAUUAGGCUGUUUGAGGAAAUGAAAGACAAUGGUUUGUCUCCCACGGCGAAAAUCUAUACUACAAUGUUAAGUGUUCUCUUCAAACAAGGUAAUGCUGAAAAGGCAUUAGGAUUAGUUCGAGAGAUGAAGAGUGCAGGUUGUACCCCAACUGUGUACACAUAUACAGAAAUGAUAAGAGGGCUAGGUGCUGCUGGGAGGGUUGAAGAAGCUUAUUCGAUAUUUUUAAACAUGUUGAAUGAGGGUUGUAAGCCAGAUGUCGUGCUAAUAAACAAUGUUAUAAACUUCUUGGGAAGGGCGGGAAGGUUGCGUGAUGCAAUCAAGCUUUUCGAAGGAAUGGAAUCAUUGAACUGUAUGCCGAAUGUGGUGACUUACAACACUGUCAUUAAAGCUCUGUUUGAAUCAAAAGCCCCGGUAUCUGAGGUCGUCUCGUGGUAUGAGAAAAUGAAAGCCAGUGGCGUAAGUCCUAGUGCAUACACUUACUCAAUUCUCAUAGAUGGGUUCUGCAAGAAAAAUAGCUUAGAAAAAGCAUUAUUAAUGUUCGAAGAGAUGGAUGAAAAGGGUUUUCCUCCAUGUCCAGCUGCUUAUUGCAGCUUAAUCAACAGUCUUGGCCGGUCGAAACGAUAUGAUGCUGCUCACGAGUUAUUCCAAGAACUAAAAGAAAACUGCGGAUCCUCAAGUGCUCGUGUGUAUGCUGUGAUGAUAAAACAUUUUGGAAAAUGCGGACGUUUGUCUGAGGCUGUUGAUCUUUUCCAUGAGAUGAAGAGACUCGGUUGCACUCCAGAUGUGUAUGCCUACAACGCUCUCAUGUCAGCAAUGGUGAGGGCUGGUAUGACAGACGAGGCUCAGUCAUUGUUUCCAAGAAUGGGAGAAGAUGGUUGCACUCCUGAUCUUAACUCGCACAACAUCAUUCUGAAUGGCUUGGCCAGAACAGGUGGGCCGGAAAGGGCCAUGGAGAUGUUCACGAAAAUGAAAAAUUCUGAGAUGAAGCCCGAUGCUGUUUCCUAUAAUACGCUUCUAGGCUGCCUUAGCCGUGCCGGCCUGUUCGAAGAGGCUGCAAGGCUAAUGAAAGAGAUGCGCCUGAAUGGUUUCGAAUAUGAUGUCAUAACUUACUCAUCAAUACUUGAGGCUGUUGGUAAAGUUGAUGAAGAUAUUAAGCCUGCAGCUUGAUAAACAACAUUUUGGAUGGGCAAAAAUGAGGACACAUACAUAAGAGAUAAUGGAAUGCCAUUUCAACUGAAGAGGAAGAGCUUGAAAUUGUUAUCUCGCCUGUAUAUCGUUAUACAGAUCGUUGAGGAUUAGAUGCUCUAACUCAGCAAUGAAGCUGUAUGUGAAAGAGGCUGGAUAAAUACCAGAGAUGGAAAUGUGAUUUUAACCAAGAAAACAAUUAGGGAGAAGCUCUUAUUUACAGCUCAUAGCAUCUACACAUUGUUUCUUAGCUGCAAGAUGAAUCAGACUUGCUUUAGUUAGGAACAAUUAUAAUUAAUUACAUCUGCAUUUUUCACCUUCUUAGCUA